AUGACGCGUUUCCGCCCCUGCAUCGACCUCCAUGCCGGCUCCGUCAAGCAGAUUGUCGGCGGCACGCUGACGACUACCGACUCGGACCUCAAGACCAACCACGUCUCGGAGCUGCCGGCCGGCCACUUCGCGACGCUAUACAAGGACAAUGGCCUCACCGGCGCGCACGUCAUCAUGCUCGGCCCGGGCAAUGAUGAGGCCGCGACGGAGGCCGUGAAGGCGUGGCCGAAUGGCCUGCAGGUCGGCGGCGGCAUCACCGAUGCGAACGCGGCGAUGUGGGUGGAGAGGGGCGCGGAGAAGGUGAUCAUCACGUCGUACCUCUUCCCGUCAGGCAAGUUCUCGCUCGAGCGCCUGCAAGCCGUGCUGAAGGCGCUGGGCGGCGACAAGGAGAAGCUGGUCAUCGACCUCAGCUGCAGGAGGCGAGGCGAGACCUGGUUCGUCGCCAUGAACAAGUGGCAGACCAUCACCGAUAUGGAGCUCAACCAGGAGUCGAUAUCCCUCCUUGAGCCUUACUGCUCCGAAUUCCUCAUCCACGCCGCCGAUAAUGAGGGUCUCCAGCAGGGUAUCGACCACGAGCUCGUGAAGAAGCUGGCCGCGUGGUGCAGCAUCCCAGUGACGUAUGCCGGCGGCGGCAGGAGCUUGGAAGACUUGGACACGGUCAAGGAGCUUAGCAAUGGCAAGGUUGAUUUGACCAUUGGAAGUGCACUUGAUAUUUUUGGUGGUAGUGCGGUGAAGUUUGAGGACUGUAUUGCGUGGAAUUCCAAGCAGUAG